UUUUCUUGAACUCCAGCUGAGCGUGAGAUUGUGCGUGACAUCAAGGAGAAGCUCUGCUACGUGGCUCUGGACUUCGAGCAGGAGAUGCAGACGGCAGCUUCCUCUUCUUCCCUGGAGAAGAGCUACGAGCUUCCUGACGGACAGGUCAUCACCAUUGGGAACGAGAGGUUCCGCUGCCCAGAGACGCUCUUCCAGCCUUCAUUCAUCGGAAUGGAGUCUGCUGGCAUCCACGAGACAACCUACAACAGCAUCAUGAAGUGCGACGUGGACAUCCGUAAGGACCUGUACGCCAACACUGUGCUGUCUGGUGGCACCACCAUGUACCCCGGCAUCGCGGACCGUAUGCAGAAGGAAAUCACCGCCCUGGCCCCACCCACCAUGAAAAUCAAGAUCAUCGCUCCCCCAGAGAGGAAGUACUCCGUAUGGAUCGGCGGCUCCAUCCUGGCCUCCCUGUCCACCUUCCAGCAGAUGUGGAUCAGCAAGCAGGAGUACGAUGAGUCCGGCCCCGCCAUCGUCCACCGCAAGUGCUUCUAGAAAGCUCCACGACCGCCUCCUCCUCUGCCCCAGCGGGGAGGUUCACAAGCUUUUCAACUGUUCCAUCCAACUAGAAAUGUCUCUGGUUCAUCUUGUGAACAGACUCAAAGAUGCCACGUACAAGAUGGAUCACACGGCUGUUUACAUUUUAAUGUCUCAGCUCGACAGAUCGUCAGCAGCUUACUGAACCUCCAACGUCCAACAGCUCUGAACAUGUUCCCGUAACUCUGCUCGCAGCUCUCCCUUCUGGUGAUAAACUAUAGUCAAAAAAAACAAACAGUAUUAUCACUCAACAUCUUUCUACCCAUGUUUUCCUUAUCUCGUGCAUUAUUGCAUAUCAAUAUUCUGCUUUCCUCCUCGUCCGUUCUGUCCAUUCACUGAGUUGAGCUGUAUCGUUGCUCUCCACGAGUGUUUACUUAACAAUAAAAUGCCAACUUUUGAUGUUUA